GAAGGCGGCGCGGGAGCAGGCGGGAGGCUGGCGGUCCCCGCAGCCCAGACCGGGCGCGGCGAGCAGAAAGCGAGUGAUUGCUUUUGGUUCCCAUUUUUGGAAGCCCCUGCCUCCCACCCGGCGGCUCCGGACGGCCCGGUCCCUCGAUGGCCGAAGAAAGCCAGGCGGUCCAGCCCCAGGACCAGAGCUGCUGGGCCGUGCUGCCUGACGUGUGCCUGCGCCGUGUCUUCUGGUGGCUGGGAGACAGGGACAGGGCCAGGGCCACCCUCGUCUGCAGGAAGUGGAACCAGACGAUGCACUCGGCUGACCUCUGGCGGUACAGGACCAUCACGUUCAGCGGGAGACCGUCCAGGGCGCAUGCGUCCGAGUUCGAGUCCGCUCUUUGGUACGUGAAGAAAUUCGGCCGUUACCUGGAGCACCUGGAGAUCCACUUUCUGAACCCCUACAACGCCGUGCUCACCAGGAAGUUCCAGGUCACCAUGCGAGGCCUCCUGUCGUGUCUGGGCAAGAGUAACAGCCGUCUGAAGUCUCUGUCCGUCCAGCACCUGGAGCUGGACCGUCCGGUCUGGAGGAGCAGCAUCCGGACCUCGUUCAUCAAGAGCCUGAGCUUCUUCCUAAAGAAAGUGGGCAAACACUUGGACCGCCUCAGCCUGAAAGGGGCCCGGCUGAGCGUGGAGCAGGGCUGCGCGGUGCUCGGCUCCCUGAGCCGCUUCCGGGGCGAGAGCGUGCUGUCGCAGCUCAACAUCGAGGACUACUUCAGCCACCACCUGGCUGUCUACAGCAGCCCGCAGUUCAACAAGACCAUGGCCGCCUUCCGCAGCCUGGUGUCCCUGACCCUCAACUACAACUGCGUCUCGGACGAGCUGCUCGACAGCCUGUGUGAGAACAACUCCAGGACCCUCUGGACCCUGAACAUCAAGUGCCACGUUCACGACCCCCACGGCCAGGUCGUCUGGGGCAUGUCCUGGGCCAGGCUGGCCAGGCAGGCCUCCAGCCUGAAGGUGAACUUCUUCUUCGAGCGCAUCAUGAAGCACGAGCGCCUGGCCCGCAUCCUCCUGCGGGAGAUCCCUGUUCGGAGCAUCAGUCUGAGAAGCUGCUACUUCAGCGACCCCGACUGGUCCAUGCGGCCCACGCUCACGGAUCUCCUGCCCACCUUCCGGCACACGCUGCAGAAGCUAACGUUCGAGUUCAACAACAGCCACGAGUCCCUGGACGAGGAGCUGUGCCUGCUCGUCCUGACCUGCAGGAAGCUGUUCUACUUCAAAGUCUGGGCUUUCCUGGACGUCAGGUUCGUGGAGCGGAUCCUGAAGAGCCAGGAGGAAGGGCAGUGCUCCCUGCGCACCCUCAAGGUGCGGGUCUACACCAACAGGUACGAGACCAGCGACGAGGACAGGACGCUGCGCGAGAUCCACAGGAAGUACCGGCGGCUCAUCGACGCGGAGCUCAACUACUUCGUCAUCGCUUACCCCAUGCUGUAGGCCGCGCUCCCCGAGGGCGGCGGAGCCCCCCACCCGGUUCCCGCGGGAGGA